UCACAAUGAAACUUUUUGCGCUACUUUUAUUAAUAACUAUUGCGGUAGUGGAAUGUAACCAUAUGUUUUGCGGUACAAGUGUGAUGAGGCCUCUGGUGUAUCACACCGAGGCCGAAUACAGCUCGAAAAUAUUACGAAAAAGGGUGGAAGAAAUGUAUUACAAAUUGCCUGUCGUAGGUACCUGGCGUAAUGCAGGCAUCAUGGCGUACGACAAGACACACACGACUGCGUCUGCGAACAUCACGCAGGGUGGCUUGGGAUACGACUUCGUGAAAAUCAGGAUGAAGAGUGAAAAAGGAGAGAAACUUCACUAUGAAAUCUACAUCUACGCUUGAAAU